GUCUCCGGCUUCAUUCCCCAUUCUCAACAACACCAACGUACCUUGAUUCCUUCAAGUUACAAAACUCCAUCUGCUUCUCGUGGUCUUCGCUCCAUCGUGACAGCAACAUGACCAAGAACAGCAACGAGACGCCUCCCUACGAGGAUGUCGUAGGCUGCCAAGUCGCCAUCUUCGAAUGGGCCGAGAGCUUUGAUUCCAAAGAUUGGGACCGUCUAUCGAGAUGCAUUGCGCCGAAUCUCUAUGUUGAUUACCGGGCCAUCAUGGGCCAGCUAUGGGAAUCUAUGCCUGCCGAGCAGUUCGUGGCCAUGGCCUCGAACGACAAGUUCCUCGGCAACCGGCGCAUAAAGACGCAGCAUUUCAUUGGCGCGGGGAAAUGGGUGCGCACUGGCGACGGGGAGAUCACGGGCUAUCACCAGAUGCGCGUGGCACAUCAGAAAUACAAGGACGACGAACAGACGGCUGUGCUGUGCUCUGGACACGCUCACGGCAAAGCCACGGUGCAGUACCGCAAGGUCGAUGGGGUCUGGAAGUUUGCUGGACUUGGGCCGGACAUUCGAUGGACUGAGAACGAGUAUGAUAAGAUAUUCCAGGACAGCUAGAGAUAGUAGUAAGAAUGCGUAACUUGGAAUGGAAG